UCUCCAACUCCUCCACAUUCAGCAAAUAUGGAAAAUAUGGCUACUCAAAGCUUAAAGAGAGAAUUUACUGGAGAAGAAAAAAUAUAUGUUUCUGAGAGCUUUGUUGUGGACAUGGAACAUUUAUCUCAUCUUGUAGAGAAAGAUAUAAAUGCAAAUUCAAGAAUUACUUUGCAGAGAAACCAUUCGAGGAAGGGUUCAUUGAAAAAAACAAAUUUCAACGAUAUCAAUGAAAAAGACACAAACCUAAUGGCCACUUCACCAAAAGCUUCUUUGCUAGGAGCUAGCAUGCCUGAAAAGCCCAUGAUGGUAACAGCUGAUCACUCCACACCACAUGUACAUAAUCAGAACACAGCAGUGGUGUCUGCCAGUAGCGGUGCUGCCACCACCGCCACCGCCGCCACCAUCGAUAGCAAAGUAGUUGUCUCCAGAAGAUUCAGUUUCCGCCGAUCUUCUUCCUCCUCGCCUUGGACCAUUGAUCCAAGGAGGAUACUUAUUUUCUUUGCUACCUUAUCAAGUAUGGGAACAAUACUAUUGAUCUAUUUCACACUAUCUAUGACCAAGCUCAAUGGAGAAGAUAAAGCUUCGUCUUGAUCUAUUUUCAUACUAUCCAUUACCAGGCUCAAUGGAGAAGACAACAUUC